AUGUAUAGUGUGCCGACCAAAUGCCCAUCGCCGGUUCAUUCACUGGUCGUUCACACGAACACAGUAAUUAUCGCUGGAAUACCACAGGCGCAGUGGCAGAGAGCGUAUGACAGGGAAAUACCACAAUCACAGUGGCACAGACUAUGCGGCAGUUAAACUGCAUGCACGUUCAAUGAGUGCGUAAGAGCAAAGUGACAGUGUGUUUGUGAUGGUUACACCAUAAGCAUAGCGUGAGGGAUUUUGUGACAGUUCUACUGUAAACACAGUGACAGAGUGUGUAAACGACUUUACUAUAAGGUCAGUGGCAGACAGUGUGUUCGUGGCUGUUAUAAUGUAAGCACAGUACCUGACUGUGUGACCGGUAUACUAUAAGCACAGUGACAGAGUGUAUGACAGUUAUACUAUAAGUACAUUUACAGAGUAUUAGUGGCGCAGCUCUCCUGGACAUGUUAUCAUAGCAUCAUCAGCUCAGCUAUUAUUGCCAGAUUCGAUCGAGUACCUCGCCAGCACUGAGCUACCUGCAUUGUGACGGGAUAGUGGAGGUCUACCUUGCUACAUGACAUCGCGGCUGGAGUCUCCUUUACUGGCCUAAUGGGACUAUCGACUAGACCGAUAAUUACUAGCUUCAAAGCGCGAGCGCGUCUUGGUGGACGUACAACCUGCCCUCGGGCGCACGCGCUACAAAAUCCUGCUGCCAUUAAAACAAACUAUGCCCCUAUGACGUAAUCGGCCUUGGUACAUCCGCAAGCCGGUGUGACGUAAGCUGAGCGGAUAUAACUGAGUAUAAGAUGACCGACAAUCAUUUCACUGGCCAGCGCCAAUGAUGGACUCCGGUGCGCCAGGUGCCCCGACAGGGGGCGCUCGCGUACUAGUUGCCCCGCCAGGGGGUGUACGCGCGCGCUGCUCGGGCCGGUGGUUGCUGCUAGUGAAGAUGGCGAUCGUCGGCAGCCUAUACGCCGUGCUCGGUGUGUACGAGCUGCGUGUCGUACAGAGGGAGCGCAUGUUUACCGCUCACAUGCGCUCGCCGCGCGACAUCAGCCGCGUCGCCGUCCCCCUGCUCGAUGACCAGCCAUGGCACCGCAACGCGGUACCGCUAGAGGGCGCGUCGCACGCCCAGCACCUCGCGUGGCGCCCCCACGAUCAGGAGCUAGACAAUCAGCGGUUCAUCGGCCCGGUGGGGGCUCGCGAAGUGGUGGCGCGCCAGCGUCUCCGCGACAACGGAGUAAAUCAAAAAAACGACGCGUUGAAGAUGACCGCACUCAUCAACGACGACGCGUCCGCACGGGGGCAGCCCUGGAACCCGGUGUCACAGAAAGCCAGGGGCGACGCGGAUUCAGAUGUAGACAGCAGCGCCGCGCAGCGGCAGCAGCAGCAGCAGCAGCAGCGGUCGCCGACGGACCCGCCGGAGUUCGCGUACGACCCGCGGUCGGUGCACCGACAUCUGAUCGUCGCCGACGUCGACGGCUACGUCGUGCCUAACGUCGUGCACUUCGUGCGCUUCUACCAGCCGCACGUCACCUUCGUCGAGAUGCUCGCCAUCAGGGCGGCGCUGCUUAACGUGCGGCCCGACGUGCUCUACGUGCACUGCAACAAGGCGCCGUCUGGUCGCUACUGGGACAUGAUCAAGGACGCACCGGCCGUCAAGGUCAAGUACAUGCCGCGCCCGAAGAAGGUGUUUGGCCGCGCGCUGGCGCACGUGCAUCACUCGUCGGACGUGGCGCGGUUGUCGGUGCUUCGGCAGCACGGCGGCAUCUACGUCGACAACGACAUGCUCGUGCUGCGCCCGCUCGACGACUACCGUCGCUACGAGUUCACCGUCGGCUGGCGACACGGCGAGUCGAUGGGCAACCAGCUGCUGAUCGCCAACAAGCGCUCGAUGUUCCUGCGACUCUACAUGCGCUCGUACGCCGAGUACAAUGCCAGCCGCUGGUACUACAAUGGCGGCGACCUGCCGACGGAGAAGAUACUCAAUCGCUAUCCGUGGCUGGUGCACGCCGUACCCGAGAAGUUCGGCGUGACGAACCUGUGCUAUCGCAUCUUCCACGGCCCGCUCGACUGGCGCGCCUUCGACGCGCUGCACCUGCUGUAUAACCACAGGUACUAUCUGACCCCAGAUGACCCGAUCCCGGAACACGACGAGAACUCGAUCCGGUCGCUGGACACGCCGUUCGGUGAGAUGGCGCGGCAAAUCCUGUACGGCUUCCCUGACGCACUGCCGCAAGCCGACGGAGUCAAUGCAACAUCGAAAGCUGCGAGCUAAUUGAUGCUCUGGAGCCAUGACAACGCCCACGUUGCAUCUUUAAUGACGUUAGCAUUAGUACAACAUGAUUCCAUUAGAAGAUCGUAGGCGCCCACGCAAUGUCGCCAUUAGUUUGAUAAGAAAUAAUGACCACGUUAUUAAAUACGCGGGGUAUGGUUAAAGUGUGCAAUCAUAUUGAUUUAAUUUUAAUUAAAAUGGAUCUCUGUGUAUGAUGUAUAUUAAUUAUAAAAUACAUGCACGAUCGAGUAGUUAA